AUGUUCUAUAACACCCCGUCAGACAACGCCAACGACAGCAAGCCCAGGCCAGACCCGGACCCGGACCCCACCCCAGCCCCCGUGGCCUCCUCCCCCUUCUUUUCAUCUCCGCCCAACUCACCCCGCGGCCCCACCACCCCCAUCCUCGAUGACAACCACUUCCCCACCGCCGGCUUACCCAUCAACCCCUUCUCCCCGACCAACACCCUCGAAAUCAACCAAGCCUACGUCUACGCCACAAAGACCGUUCCCCCUUUCCAAUCCUACACCGAACCCAUCACCCUCUUCGAAUGCACUACCCACAAUGCCGACGGCACCCCCGUCCGCGCCAUCGACUGGGUCAAGCACGCCCUCGCCGCCGACCGCAGCCUCGGGCUCAUGCUAACCUACGACCACACGUCCUUCGGCUACAUCGCCGACGGCAGCGCCGCGCGCUUCCUCAUGGUGCCGCGCGCGCUGUUCCACGACAGCACCAGCGUGGGGUGGUACGUGCACUCCCCCUACCGGUAUUCCGAGAUCAACUGGACGGCGUACAAGCCGAGCAUCGCGCCGCUGCUCGCGGCGUGGCGCGAGCAGGGGCUGGUGCGGGUGGUGCGGCAGUGGGGGUGUGAUGCGGCGCCGGCGGAGAUGAAGUUCUUCAAGGGGUACUUUCUUGCGGCGACAGAUCAGGAUGUGGCGACGUUGUUGAAUCGGGCGACGCCGGAGAAUAGUGAGAAUGAGGAUGAGGAUGAGGAUGAGGGGGAGGGGGUUGUGAAAUCGGAGGUGGGGCUGGGGUUGGAGGUGAAGGUGAUAAAAGAGGAGAGCGAGACUCAGAGCAGGGAAAAGAAGGAGAAGAGAGCUCCGUUGUGGUGGUACCCAGUCAAGCAGCAGAUGCCGCGGCCGGUGGUACAGAGAGCGAAGAAGGUGGAGAGUCCGGCGCAGAAGAGGAAGCGGGAGAGGAUGGAUAGUGCGAUGGAGAGUCCGCCGAAGAGGCGGCAAAGAGAGGAUACUGCGGCUAUUGAGAUUUCGGAUUGA